AUGAAUAUCACCCAGAAAAUUGUUUGUUUGCAAAAGUUUCCGUCCAAUUUCCGCCUGAAAUUGGACAAGUUCCCAGAAGAGAUUCUUUUGCACUACUCGUGUUGGUUUACCAUUGACCAACUAUUAGAUUGCACAUGUGUUCGGAUUGAACUAUGGGGAUCUUUGUUGAGCAAUCAGGACAUGGAUGUGUUCUUCCGAAAAUCGAAAAAGUCAGGAUCAUUUCCGAAUCUUUGUUGGCUUCAAAUCGAGAGCAAGAAGACUGAUAACAAAUCUCCGAUUCUCGGAAUGAUUCCACCAAUUGAGCGUCAUCAUUCCCCCAGGAUGAGAGCAUCAUUGGGCGGAGAUAGCAAUAUCCUCAACCCCGUUCGAGUCGCCAAAGAGGAUGGAACAAUCGGAUGGUUGAAAUUGGAUUUAGCAACCUCGUCAACACUCAAGUUCCUAGUUCGGAAUCCUAUCGCAUCGAGCAUUUGA